GAAUGUGAAUGUGAAUGAUUGGUGCCACCAAACUCUCACAGUUCAUUGAAUCUACACCGUUGAAGAUCCCUUUUGUCUCACAAGACAUGAUGAUAGUAAUAGUAUAAUCGAAUAUUUUGAGGCAACCAAAUCAAAUCAAAUCAAAUCACAGAUACACACACCCUUUUGUCCUAUUUUAUGUUCCCAUUUUACCCAUCUUUGUUGUGCUGUUCCUAGUUGGUACUACACCACGUUGACCACCGUCUCUCCGCCGGAAUAAGCCAUCACCACCUCCGAUAAGUUGUCAUAUCAAGAACGCUAAGUGAAACGUUCUUCAGAAAAGCAAGAAACCAUGGCCGCAGUCUCUCAAUUGCAAAGGCAGUUUAUCGAGUACACAGCUUCUCUGUAUAACGAGGGAUAUCUUGACGAUCAAUUCACGCAACUUCAGAAACUGCAAGACGAGAGCAACCCGGACUUUGUGGUUGAAGUGGUGUCCCUUUUCUUUGAAGACUCCGAAAAGCUUCUUAACAAUUUGGCAACUGCUCUUCAACAGAAGAUUGUGGAUUAUAAGCAGGUUGAUUCUCAUGUUCAUCAGUUCAAGGGUAGCAGUUCCAGCAUAGGGGCGCAACGAGUCACAAACGUGUGUGUUCACUUCAGAAACUGCUGUGAGGAGAAAAACCUUGACGGGUGUUUGCGGUGUCUGCAGCAAGUGAAACACGAAUACAUUCUCGUUAGGAACAAGCUUGAAGCCUUGUUUAGGUUGGAGCAACAAAUCUUGCAAGCUGGUGGAUCGAUCCCUAUGAUGGAAUAGAUUUGUACUUCCCGAGUUCAAUGCUUCCAUAUGGGCAGCUAGCGCAUAGAGAUUUUGUGAAUAACGUUACUAUUGUCUUUCAUCUGAAAAGUUUUUACUUAUGAUCUUGGUAUUGACUGUCAAGAAAAUUGUUUGUCUAAUUAGAACGACGGGUAUCAUGUUGUUACGUGGACAGUGGUCUUCAACGACAUUGUUUUGUUUGUGUGAUAGGCGUUUUUAUGCCGCUUUGGUGGUUGAUGUGUGGUUGUUUUUUGUAGAGGAGUAAGUGAUCAUGGUUUGUGACUCUGCGGUGUUGCUUUCUA